AUGGAAGGAGGCGCGGGUGAUAACGAUUUUAAAGCCGGGGAAGGACAGGAAAGGCGGAUAGCUGCGAACGCCGCCAAGACACAGGCUAUCGUGUUCGGGGCGGGCAAGCUGCCCCCAGUUCUUCGCUUCCUCGAUACUGACAUCCUGUGGCGCCCGCAGGUUAAGUACCUGGGCGUCACGCUCGACCGCCGGCUGUCGCUGAGAAAGCACGCGAUCGGCGCCGCAGGACGCGCCUCAGCCGCCACCGCCAAGCUGCGGCCACUCCUCGAGUCCCGAUUGCCGACGCGUGCCAAGCUCGCGCUGUACCGGCAAUACAUCCGGCCCCACCUCACGUACGCGGCGCCCGCCUGGUACGGCCUCACGUCCGAAUCUUCCCGGCAACGCCUGAGAGCCGUACAGAAUAAAGCACUCCGACGCAUCGUGCUACGUGAGAAACGCGACCAUCGCCCGGGACCUCCGUCAGGAGAGCCUCGACGACUACAUCCGAAGACUGGCGACGCAGAUGUUCGCCCGUGCCGACGCUUCGCGCACCUCCGCGACAUCGCGCCGCACCACACGAGGCCUCCCGACCACCGACGGGCUUCUCAGUUCUCGCCGCAUCCCGCGGAAAAUCCGGCCCGUGUCACCGAGCGGGAGCGCGCUGUCGCCGCGCCCGAGGAGGACGCUAUCUUCUUCUCGCUGGCGGUGGUGCGGACAACUGCGCAGCGCCUCAAACCGAGAAAGGCUUCCGCCACCUGCCGCCGCGCGCGUUAG